CACCAAGAAUGCUUGCCAAUGCUAUUCAGACAAUCUCAGUUACAUGCCCACAUUAUUGCACGUGUUGUUUUUAUUCAGGAGAGUCAUUAGCAAAACGACGUAUGAGGACAAUUUUCACUGAGGCACAGUGCAUGACCCUCGAGAAAACGUUCCACGAAACUCAUUAUCCGGAUCAAAUUUCAAAACGACAGCUAGCUCUGUUUUUGAAUAUCCCGGAAGACCGGAUUAUGGUAAACUAAUA